AUGAUGAUUGAUGAACAACAGUAUCCAACGAUCGAACAAAAGUUUGCUGGCCAGCUUCACUUGAGAUCCAACUCCAACCUUUCCCCACAUGUUGGAACUUGGUACGGAGAUUUGAAAAGGCUACCUCUGUUUCAGCAAGGAUUCUCACUAGAAAAAUAUUCAAAUGCAGGGUUGCAGUUCCCUGUCAUGCCUGCAUGCAAACCCACAAAUUACAUGCAUUCUGUAGGUUCACCGGUGUUCGUCCCAUCGCCUUCGGAGAAAAACUUGGGAAGCUUUGCCACUGAUUUUCUCAUGGGUGGAGUUUCUGCAGCAGUGUCCAAGACUGCAGCUGCUCCAAUUGAGCGAGUAAAGCUUCUCAUUCAAAAUCAAGAUGAGAUGAUCAAGGUAGGCAGGCUCUCUGAACCUUACAAGGGCAUUGGAGAUUGCUUCGGCAGAACAAUCAAAGACGAGGGGUUUGCUUCAUUGUGGAGAGGGAACGCUACCAACGUUAUCCGUUACUUCCCAACACAGGCCCUGAACUUUGCAUUCAAAGACUAUUUUAAGAAGCUGUUUAGCUUCAAGAAAGACAGAGAUGGAUACUGGAAAUGGUUUGCAGGGAACGUAGCAUCUGGUGCUGCAGCAGGAGCUUCAUCUUCGGUGUUUGUAUAUUCAUUGGAUUACGCUCGAACCCGCCUUGCCAGUGAUGCCAAGGCUGGAAAGAAGGGUGGAGAGAGGCAGUUCAAUGGUUUGAUCGACGUCUAUAGGAAGACUCUUCAAUCGGACGGUGUUGCUGGCCUUUACCGUGGAUUCAAUGUUUCUUGGGUUGGAAUCAUUGUCUACCGUGGUUUGUACUUUGGCAUGUAUGAUUCUCUGAAACCAGUGAUCUUGGUGGGAACUCUGCAGGAUAGCUUUUUGGCUAGCUUUGCUUUGGGGUGGCUCGUCACUAAUGGUGCAAGCUUUGCCUCUUACCCGUUCGAUACCGUUCGCAGAAGAAUGAUGAUGACAUCGGGUGAAGCUGUCAAGUACAAAAGCGCUUUGGAUGCAUUCUUGCAAAUUGUGAAGAAUGAAGGUUCAAAAUCUCUCUUCAAGGGUGCGGGUGCAAACAUCCUUCGUGCAGUUGCGGGUGCUGGUGUGCUUGCUGGUUAUGACAAACUUCAGUUACUUGUUCUCGGAAAGAAGUAUGGUUCUGGUGGGGCUUAA